GAUUGUGGUCUCUCAAGUCCCGGCUACCUUGUUUGAGCUCUUUGAUGUCUUUAAAAAGCUGGGGUUUUAAAUUUAUAUUUUACUCCACUGUUAUAGUUACUCUUGGCAGGAGGUUGGUCUGACAGGUGUUACUCUGUCUUAACUGGAGUUUGCAUGAAGUUAACCUUUCUCUCUUUUUGUGUUUUCAUCGGGGAAGAAUAGCUAGGUUUAAAUGAGGCAACUUCACUGAAGAAUUUGGUAGAUAGUGUGUGUUCGUGUGUCUUGUUCUUUUCAUAUCAAUAAAAAAGUAAAUUUAAAAAAAGGGAAGUAAAUUUCUCCCCUUACUUGCCUAGCCCAAAGGCUCAGCCUUGUUUACUGAAUAGACCCUAAAAUGUUGCUACAUUUAUAUAGUAGAAACAUAACUACCCUUUCUUUUAGCAUGAGAAAUGGCUUGAAGAAUAAACCCUAAACAGAGAUGUUAAGACUAAUGUAUUUUUAUCAUUUCCUGUUGCUUUCAGUUUUUUUUUGACUGAGGUGUGUUUUGGAAUGUAUUUUUAGAGGUUAUAAAUUAAUCUAAAUAUAAACCAUUACAAUAUCUGUUGAGAACUUGGGUUUGUUUGCACUAAGGUGUCUUCUAGGAAACCCUGGUGGCGUAGUGGUUAAGAGUUCACCUCCUAACCAAAAGGUCGGCAGUUUGAAUCCACCAGGUGCUCUUUGGAAACCAUAUGGGGCAGUUCUGUUCUGUCCUGUAGGGUCGCCCUGAGUCAGAAUCGACUCAACGGCAAUGGAAGGUAUCUUCUGUUGGUUCUAUCCCAGUACUCAUGUAAACAGUGACAUACUUACUCUUUAAACUGUGCCUCAGUUUAUUCAUCUGUAAAAUGGCGAGUCGUGUUACCAAGUUCAAAUAAUUGUUACAGGGAUUAAAAUACCAUAAUACAUAAAAGCACUUAAAAUAGUACCUGGCACUCAGCAAUUGCUUAAUAAAUGGAGGUUGUGUGAUAGAAAUGAUUUUUUAAAACAUUUUUUUCUUUUGUAGGUGCUGACUUUGGGUUGCUUUUCAAAACGCUGGGAAUGGUAGUUUCUACUUUUCAGGACCUCAAAACAAGCUAAAAAGUGUCCUGUGUAAAUAAAGUGACGCCUCUUCUGCUGUCCUUUUGCAUUUGGAGACCCCUUUGUUUCCUAUCUCCGAGGAGUAUAUAUCGAGUACAGUCAUUAUGAACGUGACAAGUCUAUUUUCCUUCACAAGUCCAGCUGUGAAGAGACUUCUUGGGUGGAAACAGGGUGAUGAAGAAGAAAAAUGGGCAGAGAAAGCUGUUGAUGCUUUGGUGAAAAAACUGAAGAAAAAGAAAGGUGCCAUGGAGGAACUGGAAAAGGCCUUGAGCUGCCCAGGGCAACCAAGUAACUGUGUCACCAUUCCCCGCUCUCUGGAUGGCAGGCUGCAAGUGUCCCACCGGAAGGGACUGCCCCAUGUCAUUUACUGCCGCGUGUGGCGCUGGCCUGACCUUCAGAGCCACCAUGAACUGAAGCCACUCGAAUGCUGCGAGUUUCCUUUUGGGUCCAAGCAGAAGGAAGUCUGCAUCAACCCCUACCACUAUAAGAGAGUAGAAAGCCCUGUUCUUCCUCCAGUGCUGGUUCCAAGACAUAGCGAAUAUAAUCCUCAGCACAGCCUCUUAGCUCAGUUCCGUAACUUAGGACAAAAUGAGCCUCACAUGCCACUCAAUGCCACUUUUCCGGAUUCUUUCCAGCAACCCAACAGCCAUCCAUUUCCUCAUUCACCCAACAGCAGUUACCCAAACUCUCCUGGAAGCAGCAGUAGCACCUACCCUCACUCUCCCGCCAGCUCAGACCCAGGAAGCCCUUUUCAGAUGCCAGCUGACACACCCCCACCUGCUUACCUGCCUCCUGAAGACCCCAUGACCCAGGACGGCUCACAGCCGAUGGACACAAAUAUGAUGGCGCCUUCACUGCCCACAGAAAUCAACAGAGGAGAUGUUCAGGCAGUUGCUUAUGAGGAACCGAAACACUGGUGCUCUAUUGUCUACUAUGAGCUGAACAAUCGUGUGGGUGAAGCGUUCCAUGCCUCCUCCACAAGUGUGCUGGUGGACGGUUUCACUGAUCCUUCCAACAACAAGAACCGUUUCUGCCUUGGGCUGCUAUCCAACGUUAACCGGAAUUCCACUAUUGAAAACACGAGGCGGCACAUUGGAAAAGGCGUUCACCUUUAUUAUGUUGGAGGGGAGGUAUAUGCCGAAUGCCUCAGUGACAGCAGCAUCUUUGUGCAAAGUCGGAACUGCAACUACCAUCAUGGAUUUCAUCCCACUACUGUUUGCAAGAUCCCUAGUGGGUGUAGUUUGAAAAUUUUCAACAACCAAGAAUUUGCUCAGUUAUUGGCACAGUCUGUGAACCAUGGUUUUGAGACCGUCUAUGAGCUCACAAAAAUGUGCACUAUCCGCAUGAGCUUUGUGAAGGGCUGGGGAGCAGAAUACCACCGCCAGGAUGUUACUAGCACCCCCUGCUGGAUUGAGAUACAUCUGCACGGCCCCCUACAGUGGCUCGAUAAAGUUCUUACUCAGAUGGGUUCGCCUCAUAAUCCCAUUUCAUCUGUGUCUUAAAUGGCCUCAGGCUUCUGCCUCUUGAAAACUAUUGAGCCUUGCAUGUACUUGAAGGAUGGAUGAGUCAGACACAAUUAAGAACUGAAAAAGGAGCCUUGAUGAUACUUGACCUCGUGACCAACUGUUGGAUUCCGAAAUCUAAAAAAAUUUUUAAAAAACCUUGGUAACAUACUGUUGAUAUCAAGAACCUGUUUAGUUUACAUUGUAACAUUCUAUUAUAAAAUCAACUAAAAUGCAGACUUUUAGCAGGACUUUGUGUAUAGCUAAAGGAGAGAUGGCCAAGCCAGAGACAAAUUAUCUGUUGGAAAAAAUGAUCUUAAGAGAUUCUUUUGUGUUUGGCACUUUAAGGUCAUCGUUUGGCAGAGGUUUAGCAUUAAUGGUUAGUUUUUCUGAAGUGUGUUUUUAUCAGGUUUAGAGCCCAUGUUGAGUCUUCUUUUCAUGGGUUUUCAUAAUAUUUUAAAACUAUUUGUUUAGUAAUGGUUUUUGAUUAUUUGUUUAAGUAAAGGUUAAUCUUGAUGAUAUACAUAGUAAUCUUUCUAAAAUUGUAUGCUGACCAUACUGCUGUCAGAAUAAUGUUAGGUGUAUGCUCUUUGCUAAAUAUGUAUGUACAGAAUAUUUGGAAGUUAAGAAUUGAUUAGACUAGAGGAUUUAGGAGUAUCCGAGGGGGUGGGGGGAGAGGGAAAUGACAACUGCAAAUGUAGAAUAUACUGUAAAAUUUCAGUUUGUUGCUUUAAAGAAACAAACUGACGUCUGAAUUUUGCUGUGUUUCAAUUUUUUAGAGUUUUUAUCCUACUUUUAACUUUUUUUUUCUUUUUUGCAUUCUUCUAUCCUCUCCAAAAAGCAGUUAUGCAGCUGGUUAAUUCAUAGAACUGUGAGAGCAAAUGAAUAAUUCCUGCUAUUCUGAAAUUGACUGCCUGUAUGUUUCAAUACCAAUUAUAUGGAGUGCUUAAAUUUAAUAAGCAGUUUUAUGGUGUUUACGUUACAGAAAUAGGCUUUAAUUUUCAAGUGAAUUAUUUGCCAAACCUAGUAACUGUUAAAUAUUUGGAGGAUUUAAAGAACAUCCCUGUUUAAAUCCAUUUCAGACUUUUAAAAUUUUUUUGUACUAUGUUUGGUUUUAUUUUUCUUCUGCUCAUCUUUUAUAUUCACUUAAACACUCUAGUACGUUCAGUACUUUUAUUCCAAAACUAGUGAGUUUUCUCUACUGGAAAUUUUAAAUAAACCUUUCAUUACUGCUUACUUUGAUUAAAAAUUUGUUGUUUCCUUGCUUCA